AUGAGCCACCCGACUAGGAAGCACACGCACGAUUCGAGUAUGCAGCCGGCUGUCGAAGAGAAAGGCGACGUUCUCGAGGUUGCUGCAACCUACACUCCUGAGGAAGAAAGACAAGUACUUCGUAAGAUAGAUUGCGCUGUGCUCCCUUUGAUGUGUCUUGUCUUCUUCAUGCAGUACCUUGACAAGCAAAGUCUGAGCUAUGCAUCGGUCUUCGGUCUGCUGACCGACCUCAACCUCACCAGCACACAAUACUCAUGGUGCUCUUCGAUCUUCUACGUCGGACAGCUCGUCGCCGAGUAUCCCUUCAUUUACCUCAUGUCCAAACUGCCUCUCACCAAGUUCGUCGGAGCCACAGUUAUUCUUUGGGGCAUAGUGUGCAUGUGCUUGGCGGCUCCGAAGAACUUUGCCAGCUUUGCAGCUGUCAGGUUUCUCUUGGGAUUCACUGAAGGCGCUGUGUCUCCGGCCUUCGUCACUAUUACCUCUAUCUGGUAUCAGAAGAGCGAACAUGCCACCAGGACUGGACUCUGGGUAACUAUGAACGGCUUGGCACAAGUCAUCGGCUGCUUCCUAAUGUAUGGCAUCGGCAAGAACACUUCGCUAUCCCUCGAUCCCUGGCGCACUCUGUUUAUCGUAUGUGGUGCGUUGACAGGAGCCUCUGGUGUCGCCUUCUUUGUUCUCAUGCCAAACGGGCCGAACGACGCUUGGUUUCUCAACGCUCGCGAGAAGGAAGUUUUGUCGAUGCGCAUGGCAAGGGAUCGCGAGGGCGGUGAUAAGACAUCGUUCUCAGUGCGACAGUUGCGCGAGGCGCUGUUAGAUGUGAAGACAUGGUUUGUCUUCGCCUUUGGUGUGCUGGUUACGAUGCAGAGUCCGGUUCUGACAUUUGCCUCGCUAGUCAUCAACACCAUCGGCUACGACAGAUACCAAACUAUGCUAUACACCGCCCCAUCCGGAGCCGUCCAAGUCCUCCUUCUCUGGAUCGGCAUAAUCGGCUGCUGGUUCUUCCCACGAAACCGUACCCACGUCGUACUCGCGCUCAUCAUUCCACCAUUGGUCGGGAACGUUCUUCUGCUGAAGAUUUCUCUCGACGCAGGCUGGGGUAUGAUCGCCGCUUCAUGGCUAGCAUCAUGCAUCACAGCCGUCAUGUCACCGCUCCUCUCGCUUACAGCUUCGAACGUGAAAGGCAACACAAAGCGCUCGGUCGUCAGUGCAGUCUUCUUUAUCGGGUACUGCGCAGGUUGCAUCGCAUCGCCACAGCUGUGGACUGAGAAGCCGCGGUACUUUAAGGGCGUUGUGACUGCUCUAGUUACUUGGUGCACGUUGUUUAUCGUGGUCAUCGCGUACUGGCUGAUAUGUAAGCGCGACAAUGCGAAGAGAGAUGCUGUAAGGAUGGAGACUGGGGUUGAUGAGAUGGUGCACGAUGUUGUGCUGGAUAAGAAUGGUGCGCCGAUUACGGAUCUGACGGACAAGGAGGACCCUAGAUUUAGAUAUAGCUGGUAG